AGCACUUUCACUUCCCCCAGGUGCCCAGCCCCUUCCCCAGCAUAUGGGAACAGCGUGGUGUACAUUUGUUGUCAAGAACCGGAUGCAGACUCUGAGAGAGAGAGGCCAUGACAAGGCGAAGAUGUCGGCCCAGGACAGCUGCCUCAGCCUCAUCAAGUACCUCCUCUUCGUUUUCAACCUCUUCUUCUUCGUCCUAGGCAGCCUUAUUUUCUGCUUUGGCAUCUGGAUACUCAUUGACAAGACCAGCUUCGUGUCCUUUGCCUGUCCUUCAUGCCCCUGCAGAUCUGGUCCAAGGCCCUGGCCAUCUCAGGAAUUCUCACCAUGGGUCUUGCUCUCCUGGGCUGCGUGGGGGCCCUGAAGGAGCUCCGCUGCCUGCUGGGCCUGUAUUUUGGGAUACUGCUGCUCCUGUUUGCCAUGCAGAUCACGCUAGGAAUCCUCAUCUCCACUCAGCGGACCCGGCUGGAGCGGAGGGUAAAGGAUAUCGUGAUGGAGACCAUCCAACGCUACCACGCGCACCCGGAGGAGUCGGCGGCGGAGGAGAGCUGGGACUACGUGCAGUUCCAGCUGCGCUGCUGCGGCUGGAACUCUCCUCGGGACUGGUUCAGUAUCCCCAGCCUCAGCAGCAACGAUUCAGAGGUGCACCGCGUGCCCUGCUCCUGCUAUAAUUCAUCGGCGAGCAACGACUCCGCCAUCUUCGAGAAACUCUCCUUCCCCGAGUUCAGCCGGCUGGGACCACUGGCGCGGCCCCGCCACAGUACAGACCUUUGCCUGGUCCCUGCAAACAGCGAUAUCUACAGCGAGGGCUGCGCGCGGAGCCUCCAGAAGUGGUUGCACAACAACCUCAUCUCCAUAGUAGGCAUCUGCCUGGGCGUCGGUCUACUUGAGCUCAGCUUCAUGACGCUCUCCAUAUUCCUGUGCAGAAACCUGGACCAAGUCUACGACCGGCUUGCUCGGUACCUCUAGGCCCCGCCCUUCCCAAAGCCCCGCCCUGACCCCUUCAAGGGCCCCAGAGGCUUCCCUGUGGUGUGUAAAUAUUUGUUCAACCCCUUUCGCCCCAGCCAUUGAGUCCUCAACCUCCUCAUUUCCCCGGGGACCCAGAUGUCUGCCUGCCCAUCUGCUGUCACCUCUCCCGCGGGACCUGAGGCUUCUGGUCACCAGCUUCCUGCCCCCAAAGAUACCUCAUUUCCUUGCCUCAUGUGUUGGCCUACCGCACCUCCCACAGGAUUAUUUUUCGCCCAAACCCCAAAUAAAUCCCCUGCGUUUUGGUAAAA